CAGGAGCGCCUCCCGCCCAGCGUCCCUUCAUCCUGGCUCCAGCAUCCACGCCCUCCCUCUAACUCGUCCCCUAGACCCCGAGCCCCGCCAUGGCUCGAGGAGACGCCCCGGAGGAUGGCUACCACCUAGUCGGGACCAGCUUCUUUAUCCUUGGCUUGGGGACCCUGCUGCCCUGGAACUUCUUCAUCACUGCCAUUCCAUACUUUCAGGCUCGGCUAGCCAUUGUCAACGGCACAGGAGAGCCCUCUGGAGCCAACAUCACAAGCCCUGGAGAUGCCUUCAACUUCAACAACUGGAUGACUCUCCUGUCCCAGCUACCUCUACUACUCUUCACCCUCCUCAACUCUUUCCUUUACCAGUGCAUCCCAGAUAUGGUGCGCAUCCUUGGCAGCCUCCUGGGCAUCCUUCUGCUCUUCAUCCUGACCGCCACCCUGGUCAAAGUGGACAUGAGCCCUGACCUCUUCUUCUCUAUCACCAUGGCCUCCAUCUGGUUCAUCAACUCUUUCUGCGCCGUUCUCCAGGGCAGCCUGUUUGGGCAGCUGGGGGCCAUGCCCCCUACCUACAGCACCCUUUUCCUCAGCGGCCAAGGCUUAGCGGGGACCUUUGCUGCUCUUGCCAUGCUGAUGUCCAUGGCCAGUGGAGUGGAUGCCCAGACCUCUGCCCUGGGCUACUUUAUCACCCCGUGUGUGGGCAUCCUUGUCUCGAUUGUCUGCUACCUGUCCCUGUCACACUUGGAGUUCGCCCGAUACUACCUGGACAAGAAGGUGCCCCACCCGCAGGCGUACGAGCUGGAGACCAGGGCCGAGCUGCUGCAAGCCGAUGAGAAGAAUGGCUUUCCUGGGAGUCCCCAAAAGGCAAUGCUAGCCCUGGAGAUGGAGCCAGAGAAAGCGCCUCAGCCCGGGAAGCCUUCCAUCUUGGUUGUUCUCAGAAAGAUCUGGGUGAUGGCUCUGUGCAUCGUCCUGGUCUUCACGGUCACCCUGUCUGUCUUCCCGGCCAUCACUGCCAUGGUGACCAGCUCCAGAGGCCCCGGAAAGUGGAGCCAGUUCUUUAACCCCAUCUGCUGUUUCCUGCUCUUCAACACCAUGGACUGGUUGGGAAGAAGUAUGACUUCCUACUUCCUGUGGCCGGAUCAGGACGGCCGUCUGCUGCCGCUGCUGGCCUGCCUUCGUUUCCUCUUUGUUCCCCUCUUCAUGCUGUGUCACGUGCCCGAGCGGGCCCAUCUGCCCGUACUCUUCCCGCAGGACGCCUGCUUCAUCACCUUCAUGUUGCUUUUUGCCCUCUCCAAUGGCUACCUGGUGUCUCUCACCAUGUGCUUGGCCCCCAGGCGAGUCCUGCCCCAUGAGAGUGAGGUGGCUGGAGCUCUCAUGACUUUCUUCCUGGCCUUAGGGCUCUCCUGUGGGGCCUCCCUCUCUUUCCUCUUCAAAUCCCUAUUGUGAGCCGGCUCCAUCUCCUUCCUCCCCCUGCUUAUAUGGGGCUGGGAGCCUUCCCAGGACUGUGGGGUUUGGGACUUGGGAGAGGAAGGAGCUGAGAACAGGUCCUAGACAGGUGACCAAGGAGCAAGAAGCCAGGCUAUGGGAACAAGCUGACUGCCAGCGAAGGCGAAGAGAUCUCAGCAACUGUCCUGCCCACCUGGAGGAUUCUUAGGAAAGAGAUGCCCCCAGCCAGCCGCUUCCCUCUCCCCUUGGCAGACUCUGAAUCGGUUAUUUUAAUGGGUUUAAGGGGAUAAAAGGCCCCCAGCUUUUCUUGGUCAUGGGGCAAUCCUCCAGUAGCUCUAAAAAGGGGCUAUUUGGCCACCUGGCUGGGGUGGUAUAGAUGCUGACCUGGCCUGGGGGCAGGGGGAUGGACCUGAUGACCCUUGGUGGCUUUAGGUUUCUGUAGUUUGGGGAACCCCUUUGGGAAUUUCAUUGGCGAACUUUAUUUUGGGAUCAGGCUGUAUCAUAAGCCUGUGGAGGAAAUAAUGCCAAGUUUUGCCCCGAUUUUCUAACUUUCCUGCAAAAGUUUUACUAGCGGGGUCUAUGCCAAAGGUGGCCUCAGCUUCUGCUGUUGUAAGUAGCUGAGUUAAUGACCGGUGUGGCCGCUGCCUCUGACUUUGAGCUCAGAGAGAGUGAGUCCCCGUUUCAGGGCUCAUUCCGGGAAGCCCUCUUUGUUCCAUUUCUCUGGUCGUUGGGCAGAGAAGGUCUGGGAUGGGAAAAGCAGGGGGAGGUCAGAAGAACUCAACCAAUCAGUAAACAUUAAGA